ACGAAAAAUACUGAGUCGCGGAAAAUAUAACACGAACCCACAUAUAUCCUCACCCAAUCAAAUGACUUAGUGAUGGUUUUUUAAUUUGUUAUAUUACAAUGGUAACAUUAAUUUUUGCGAAAACCUACAUGAAAAAUGAAACCCAAAAAUAGAUGUUACUUCGAGGUACUUGAAGGCCAAUUCUGAAGGACGACAAUAUAUCCACAAAUCAAAAUUGACAAGACCCUGCCUAUUUUACGUUUGUGACGUUUAUUCAUUUUAUCUAAAAAAGUUUGAUCGUGACUUUAUGCAGAAAAGCUGAACUCAAUUUAUACAUAACAAUAUACAUAUUUGGAGUUGCUAACACUGAAUUCUAUUCUGUGCAAAACAUUUCAAGUGUGAUAAAAUGGCAAAUAAAACCCCAUGUAGCAUAUCACUUGACUUGUUAGUUGACAAGAAGGAGUUGCAAUCUCGUCUUAAAAACUCAAUGGGUAUUGGUCAUUGGAAUGCUUAUACAAGAAGUGAAAAAUAUCUCUCGGAGCAACCAACAAACAGAGAAAUCGAUUGUGCUGAAUUAGCAAAACAUGCCCAACUUGAUGAUAUGUGGAUAGCUUUAAAUAAUCAAGGAAAAUCUGUUGUCUACGACAUCACAAAAUUUGCUGCUUAUCAUCCUGGUGGAUGUGAUAUUCUACUGGAACAUGCUGGAACUGAUGCCUCCGAAGCAUUUCGUAUAGCACAUUCCUAUGUUAGUCCGAAUAUGAUAUCCAGAUUACAAAAGGGUUAUUUAGUGCCAAGUCCACCUGGUCGUAGUCAUAUGCCAAAUCAAUUAUCACCAUUUUCUAUUCCAUCAACAUUUCGUCUUAACAAUUCAAAAAAACCAAUUUGGGAUUGGAAAGAAUUUGAUGAUCAUGUUGAAUUAUUUAUUGAUUAUGCGAACAACAAUAAUAAUAAUAAAGUGUUCAGUAAUAAUUUCAAUCAUGAGUUGGAUAGUUUACGAAUUUUAUCCACUUGGUCACCAGUGGAUACAUUAUCAACUAAAGAUUCUAGUGGUACACUUAUGCUGAGAACAUUUUUAGAUAUAGAAUAUCAUUGUUUAGAAUUGAAUUUACGCCGACAACUUCGCCCAGAUUUAUCAACUCUACGUAUGAAUCGUACACAAGCUGUGAAUUCUAAGUCAUCAUCAUCAUCAUCCUCAUCGUCGGUUCAGUUAAGGAUUAAUUUAAUCAAAAUGUCAUCAUCAGCUAUUGGUAUAACUUCAUCGUAUUCCUCAUCCUCAUUAUCCGUAUCUCUGGCGGCACCAUCAUCAUCAGCCUCAUCAUCGUCUCAUUCACAGCCGGAUAUAUCUAAUUUGAAAUUAGUAGAACCUAUUGGAAAAAAUCGAUUAAUGAGUACAAUUGGUAUUAUUCUUCGUGAUGUUUUAGUUGAAUUAAAUGAUGAGCAUAGUACAGUAUCUAAUGAAAUAUUCUUUGCGUGUAAAGUAAUGAAAUCGUUUCGAUUGGAAAACAACAACAACAACAAUAAAUGCUAUCGAUUUUUGUCUAUUCAAUGGCCUGAUAACCAUGUGAAUAUCAGCAUACCGAUUGGACAUCAUGUAAAUGUUCGUUUAAAAGAUGACCAAGGUAAUUAUGUCAUCAGACCAUAUACAGCAGUAUGUGAAGAUUUAACCUUUUCAAUGAAUAAUGAUGCCGAAAAAGAACAAAAGACAAAAAAUCAAUUAUUUCUACUCAUAAAAAUUUAUCCUAAUGGAGAGUUUACAUCUUUAGUAGAUAAAAUUACUGAAGAUGAUGUAAUCGAUGUCAGUCUGCCUAUGGGAAAUUUCAACAUCAAUUUAAUUAAACAAAUUAUUGAUCCAAAUAAUUCAACCUGUUCAUAUCUAAUCAUGUUAGCUGCUGGGAGUGGAAUAACUCCAAUGCUAAGAAUAUUACACUUUUUAUUCAUUAAUAAUAAUAAUAAUAAUCGAGAUAUUGGAACAUUCAAAGUCCACCUGAUCUAUUUUAAUCGUAGUCAAGUUGAUCAGAUAUUAAUUUCCAACUUUCAAUCACUUCACAAUCGUUUCCCAGAUAAAUUUUUCAUCACUCAUGUUCUCUCUGAACCAAUAAACUCUUCUGAAGAAGUUGAAGCCAAUAGCAAUUGGAUACAUGGACUUAUAAGUGAUGAACUUUGUUGUCAAUCACUCGGUAGUGAAUUCACUUCGAAUUUCACCUCAAAUACAACAUGCCUAAUUUGUGGUCCAUCUGGUUUCAAUGAUGCUGCUUUCGAGUUAACAGAGAAAUGGUCAAUUCCCAAAAGAUCUGUCCACGUUUUCAAAGGGUGAAUUUAUGCAGGAAUAUCUGACUUUAUCUUUGAAAUGUUGACAUACAUAUGAGCACAUAUGUAUAUCCUUAUAUAUAUAUAUAUAUAUAUAUAUAUAUAU